AUGACAUCAGAGGCCUGCUCGUCCCAUCGGUGCUGCUGGCUCACUUCGCCUUUCAGAUACCAAACAUGUCUUUGGCUGAUGUGGGCGCUGCUGGUGGGUAUUGGCCCUGGUUCAUGGGCCCAGCAGGGCAUCCAGCCUCAGUCCAUCAAAAUCGAGGGGGACAUCACCUUGGGCGGGCUGUUCCCCAUGCACUCUCGGGGCGCUGCUGGCGUGCCCUGCGGGGAGAUCAAGAGAGAAAAGGGGAUCCAUCGAUUGGAGGCCAUGCUGUACGCCAUGGACCAGAUCAACAGCGACCCGGACCUGCUGCCUAACAUCACUCUGGGGGCCCGGAUCCUGGACACCUGCUCCAGAGACACCUACGCCCUGGAGCAGUCGCUCCUCUUUGUCCAGGCCCUCAUCCAGAAGGACAACUCAGAUGUGCGCUGCUCAAACGGAGAGCCUCCCAUCAUCGCCAAACCAGAGAGGGUGGUCGGCGUAAUCGGGGCGUCUGGCAGCUCGGUGUCCAUCAUGGUGGCCAAUGUGCUCAGAUUGUUUUCGAUCCCCCAGAUCAGUUAUGCCUCCACUGCCCCCGAGCUGAGCGACAAAAGCCGCUACGAGUUCUUCUCCCGUGUGGUACCUCCUGACUCCUACCAGGCCCAGGCAAUGGUGGACAUAGUCAAAGCCAUGGGCUGGAACUACGUCUCCACACUGGCCUCCGAGGGCAACUAUGGAGAGAGCGGCGUCGACGCCUUCCUCCAGAUAUCCAGAGAAGCAGGUUGUGGGCUGUGUAUUGCACAGUCCAUAAAGAUUCCCAGAGAGCCCAGACCAGGGGAGUUUGAGAAGAUCAUCAAGAGACUGAUGGAGACCUCUAAUGCUCGGGGGGUCAUCAUCUUUGCCAACGAGGACGACAUCAAACGGGUGUUGCAGACUGCCAAAAAGGCCAACCUCACAGGUCACUUCCUGUUCGUUGGCUCCGACAGUUGGGGGGCCAAAAGCUCCCCCAUUCAAGACCAGGAGGAUGUGGCUGAGGGUGCUGUCACCAUCCUGCCCAAAAGAGCCUCUAUUGAUGGGUUCGACCAGUACUUCACUUCGAGAUCUCUAGAAAACAACAGAAGAAACAUCUGGUUUGCAGAAUUCUGGGAGGACGACUUCAAGUGCAAACUAACCCGCCCUGGAAUAAAGUAUGAACUUGGUAGAAGAAAAUGUACAGGUGAGGAACGAAUCAGCCACCACUCUCAGUACGAACAGGAGGGCAAGGUGCAGUUUGUAAUUGACGCUGUGUACGCCAUGGCCCACGCAUUACACAGCAUGCACCUGGACCUGUGCCCUGGCUACAUGGGUGUCUGCGAGAAGAUGGACCCUGUGGAAGGACAGAUGCUGCUCCAAUACAUUCGCUCUGUCAGCUUCAAUGGCAGCGCAGGAACUGGAGUGAUGUUCAAUGAGAAUGGAGAUGCUCCUGGCCGUUACGACAUCUUCCAGUACCAACUGUCUAAUGUCAGCAACCCCGGCUACAAGUUUAUCGGCCAGUGGACCAACCACCUUCGCCUCAAUUCGGAGGAGAUGCAGUGGUCAGGUGGUGACCGUAAGAUUCCAGAGUCGGUUUGCAGUUUCCCUUGUGAGUCUGGAGAGAGGAAGAAGAUGGUGAAGGGUGUUCCCUGCUGCUGGCAUUGCGAGUUCUGCGAUGGCUACCAGUACCUGCUGGACGAGUUCUCCUGCGACAUGUGCCCCUUCGACAUGAGGCCCUUUAAGAACCGCACAGGCUGCCGGCCAACGCCCAUCAUCAAGUUGGAGUGGAGCUCCCCCUGGGCCAUCAUCCCCGUCUUCCUGGCCAUCCUGGGCAUCCUGGCCACCAGCGGAGUCAUCAUCACCUUCAUCCGCUUCAACGACACGCCCAUCGUUCGGGCCUCCGGCAGAGAGCUUAGCUACGUGUUGCUGACGGGCAUCUUCCUCAUCUACUUCAUCACCUUCCUCAUGAUAGCCGAGCCCAGCACUGCCGUGUGCGCCUUCCGCAGGCUGCUGCUGGGGCUCGGCAUGUGCAUCAGCUACUCUGCCAUGCUCACCAAGACCAACCGGAUCUACCGCAUCUUUGAACAGGGCAAGAAGUCGGUCACGCCCCCCAAAUUCAUCAGUCCCACCUCUCAGCUGAUUCUCACCUUCAUCCUCAUCUCGGUGCAGUUACUCGGGGUGUUCAUCUGGUUCGGUGUGAUGCCCCCCCACACCAUCAUCGACUACGAGGAGCAGAAGCCCCCAAACCCAGAGUUCGCGCGCGGAGUCCUCAAGUGUGACAUGUCCGACCUGUCCCUCAUCUUGUGUCUGAGCUACAGUAUCGUGCUGAUGGUCACCUGCACAGUGUACGCCAUCAAGAGCAGAGGAGUUCCAGAGAACUUCAAUGAGGCCAAACCCAUCGGCUUCACCAUGUACACCACCUGCAUCGUCUGGCUGGCCUUUGUACCAAUCUUCUUUGGCACAGCGCAGUCUACGGAGAAGAUGUUCAUCCAGACCACCACCCUGACAGUGUCCAUGAGCCUGAGCGCCACCGUUUCCCUGGGCAUGCUUUACAUCCCCAAGGUCUACGUCAUCAUCUUCCACCCGGAGCAGAACGUCCAGAAGAGGAAGCGCAGCCUCAAAACCGUGGUGCAGGCAACCACCGUGUCCACGCACCUGUCCCAGAAGUCCAACGACAAACAGAACGGGGAGUCCAAGAUCAUCCCGGACAGAUCACAGUGA